CGCGGCGUGUUCACAUGCUGUGGCUCAACACGAGCAGUCGCUUCCUGUGUUCCGCUCUGUGCCGGAGAUCGCCCCCGCGGGGAAAGCCACGGUGUCGGAGCGUAUGGUAGCGACUGUCAUCCUGCCUGACCGCCCGGUUUUUUGGAGAGAAGAAGUUGGCAGAGGGAUGUGACUGCGAUGAUGGCGCUGCAGCUGAAGAACGGGGAUGCAGCGUACUACCAGAGUGCAGAAUACUGCAGAAAUUACACUUCUCCGCCUGUCAGCUACGGUGACAGCAGCCAUUAUCUCGCCCGAUUGCCAGGCCCAGAGACCAUGUUGAAGCCUCCUCUGAGUCUCUUCACUCACCCCCAGCAGCCUUUCCAACACAUGGACUCUCUGCACCAGCUGGGACCUCCACCAAUGGUGCCUACGCAGCCUCUUGGCCCACCACCCAUCACCCCUGCUCAGGCAAUUGGACCUCCAACUAUGGUUCCCACCCAGACAUUAGGGCCCCCUCCCAUGACUGCAGCUCACACGUUAAGGCCUCCCCCUAUCACCCCACCACACCGCUUAGGCCCCCCUCCAAUGGCUCCAGCUCAUGCGCUGAGGCUUCCACCGAUGGCACACACCUUGGGGCCCCCACCUGUAGAUCACACACAAGCAAUAGUGCCUCCAACCAUGGACCUCACGCAACCGCUGGGGCCUCCACCUCUGAAUCCUGCACACGCGCUCGUGCCCCCGCCUGUGGUGGCGCCCAGAGCUGGCCAGUUCCCCCUCCCUCCAAGCCCCCUGUCCUCCCCUCCUGCCCCGAGCCCAGACCUUUCACAGAUGCCUCCGAGGCCACCAGGACCGGCUCUAAUCCCUGCCCCGGUGUCCGGCAUCAUCCCCAGUCCUCUCCUGGGUCAGCCGGCCCCGGUCAGCGAGCAGCCCCAGGAUGAGGGGUCCCCGCUGGGUACGGAGGAGCAGGAGGACUCUCUGGGGCUGGGCGAACUGUGUAAACCGCUGUACUGUAAACUGUGCAACGUUACGCUCAACUCCGCCCAGCAGGCACAGGCUCACUACCAAGGGAAGAACCACAGUAAAAAGUUAAGAAAUUUCUACGCUGGAAGUCAACAGCCUCCAGCCAUCAGGAUCCCAGAAGUCCUCGAGGCAGCUGGCCAGACAGCCCUCAGCUCAGGAUCCAGCGACGGUGACGCAGGCAAGCAGGCAUUGUUUAAGGGGGCGACUCGGGUCAUCCUGGCCACAGAGAAUGAUUAUUGUAAGCUGUGUGACGCCUCCUUCAGUUCGCUGGCAGUCGCACAGGCCCACUACCAGGGCAAGAACCAUGCCAAGAAACUACGGCUCGCUGAGGCCCAACAGAACUCCAUUAACAUGGAGGGCAGCAAUGAGGCAACCCCAAGAAGAAACAGGAAAGAUGGCAGUGAGUACCGAUUGGUGAAAAACCGCCGCAGCCCGCAGGUUCCUGCCUCCAUGCCAGGGCCGUACUACAACCCCAGACCGAGGCAGCGCAUCCCCAGGGACUUGGCCAUGUGCGUGACUCCCAGCGGACAGUUCUACUGCUCCAUGUGCAACUGUGGAGCCGAACAGGAGACGGACUUCAGGCAGCAUCUGGAGAGCAAGCAGCACAAAGCUAAAGUGUCGGAGUUAAGAUACCGCCACGAGAUGGAGAACCUCGGCUACAGCUAAGAGACACAAGAGGGGAGGGGGAGAGCAGACGGAGAUUAGCGGGGGGCAGAAUAGGUGGAGGGACAGUAAGAGGCCACAGUGCAGGAAAGCAAAUUCUGCCUCGUGUUUGAAGGGCAUAUUUCGUGAAGGGAUUAGCCUUAGUGGCCUCAAGAUCUUGUUGCAAUUCAUUUGAUAUGUGGCUCAAACACUUAAAUCCUCGUAUUUGACAUAAUGCUCUGCCACACGAAGCCAUAAUUGGAUUUGAUGGAUUCAACUGAUCUGGGUGUUUCUCUCUUAAAUUCGGAGAAUGGGAACUGUGCAUCGGGAAAAAAAAACGGUGGAUUUGUGAUGUUGCCUACGGGUCUCAAGUCCUAAGAAGCAUUUUUGGCCCGCCGCCUUUUGUUUUACCGUUUCUGUUAGACGUUCCUCCAAGACUUUGAGUGGGUUGCCUUCUGACUAGGAACACAGGCAGACGCAAAUGAAUUGCAAGGAAGUCUUGAGCUUGUUCAGGCUACUUGAAGAGAGCCAAAAAGUGUAGGACAUGCCGAGGGUUAAGAGAGGAUGUGAAAUGUGGAAAGCGGAGAGAAGCUGUUUUGAAGGAGGAGGUAGAGACAAACAGCUGGGGUCCGAACCAGUCCCAUCCUCGGGAACACAAUCAUCUCUGAGGACAAGUUUGAGACUCGUUUUUUUCAGUUCUUGCGUGUGAAUCAGCCCGACAGGUAUUUUGUACCGGCUCAACAGCAGGGACUCCGGGGCCACCUAGUGACCAUAAAGCCACACAAGGCUCAAAUUUAACAUCUUGAUAACCUGAUGCAGGUGAUUAAAUCCAAAGCACUGUCGCUCAUUUUAACAAACAAAGCACAACAAACAACAGUAGAAGCAGCCUUAGCUGACCUCUUAGCGGUCCUUUGGUGUGUAUGAAGCUGAAGGUUACACCCUGUCUGUGCCUUUAGUGAGGAUUAGGCUGAAGAGUAAGCUUUGGCUGGCCAUUUUAGUGGAAACCAAUCCACAGUACUGAAUGGGUUUUUCCUUAUUCUCUCAUCAUCUCUCUUCAAAUAUUAUGUAAAUAUUCUCAGAUUACACUAUAGAUGUAAAUAGAGUACAUGAACACUGUUGAUCCUUUGGUUCGUGUUAGCCUAGCAUAUAUUGUAAAUACUCACGAUCUAUUUAAUCAUUAUCAGGAAUCUUGUGUAGAGUGUGCGCUGACUGAAUGUUUUCCCAUCAGCACUGUAUGUUUGUGUGCCGAUUUUACUCGCGGGCCUUCCGUACCGUCUCGGGUGGCGAUGCACUUGGCAAACUGGCAAAGUAACUCUGGUGCUGUUCGUCUGUAGUUUAAAGCUGUUCGGCCUCAUUCAGACCAAAUCAGGCGCGGCGGCGAUUAGCUGUAGGGUUGGUGUGUGGGAACGCCGCUCGGCUUGGUUUGUGUGACGCAGAGCCUUUGAGUGGAGAGAGUCACGUCUUCUCCGUUUUUUUCACAGCAAUCUGCAGAUCGUGGAGGCUGUCAAUGGCUGCAGGAAAUUAGCCACUAAUACUAACAGUGCAUUAGAGUCUCAGCAGAAGGGCAUUAAUGCAUUUAUUGACAACUAAUUACUACCAAAAUUUGCUAAUUUGUCUUUAUAUUCACCUGUUCCAAUUGCCUGCCCAAGACGUCCUAACUCUCUGAGGUCUGCGUUAAUCAUGUAACGGCCAGGAUUUUGAACUUACGUCAUCACGACUCUCUCUACUCAUAGGCUCUGUUGUAACAUAAUAUGCAUAAAGAACAUGGCUUGAAUUGUCCAAGGGUUUCUUUAAAAACACUCGGUUUUGUCACCACAAACACUCCUGGAGAUGUCCCAACGUCCUGUAAAAAUGACCUGGUCUUGGUCGCAACAAAGCAACUUCAAAUGUCCGCAGGUCUCCUUAAAAACGCUUGGUUUUGUCGGCAUCUCCACAGGCUGGAGAUGGCCCGACAUUCCGAGAGAUAUUUCCGGUCUGGGUCACAGCAAAGAUGGCUGGAAGUUGUCCCAACUUACAGAAUAUCCUGUGGUGUCACGCAACAAAUGUUGAAACGUCGAGCUCCCUCGCUUGACAGAAUUCAAACGUUCCUUCUGUAUCAACUUUAUUGCCGCAGCCACAACGCCUGAUUCUGUCUGAAACGGCCCUUAGUUGUUGCUUUGACGGUUCUGGAGGACCAUGUCCUUCUUUUUGAGGCGGUGGGCAGGUGUCGUUUUGACAGUGCAACCAAACUGGCACGGUGAGGAAGAAAUCCGCUUAACUCACAGUGAUGUGUGCGGCCGAAAGCAUUUAACUCCAAACUUCUAAUUAGUUUGCAAAUGGCUCGUGAGCGUGUGCAGAGCUCGUGGAUGUUUCUGCUUCUAAGACAUAUCCUUUAAUUCUCCCAGUCAGUCUUGAUUCCGAGAGGGAACAUAACCAGGUUUUUACUGCGGCGCGAAGCAGCUGCAGUGCAGUGACGUGGAUUUUAUCUGGAUUUGCAGACAGAUUUUUUUUGUUGUUGUUGUUUUGGUCUUUUGGGUUUUUUUUUUUUACCCUAUAUGACCCAGGUCCAGCUGUUUUUCAGUGUUUAGCCCAUCCUUAAAAGAUCAGUUACGUAACUGGAAUCCAAUUGGAUUUUCUGUUACGGUUUAUCUGAUUUUCUGUCACGGUUCAGUAGUGCUGAGCCGAACUCAGUGCAGGAACAAGGCAUUUGGAGUGAUACAGGCAUGCUUCAAAUGAUAAAAGUGUGUACUGUGCCUUUAAUGUUGGCCAUGAAGACAGUGACAGGGUCAAAAAGUCUUUUUUUUUAGCGUUUGAAACACAAAACCCUUUUUUUUACAUAGCUAUUUACAGAUUAUUGUUUCUUUAAUCCUAUAAAUAGAAGAAGAAUUUUGAUUUAAAAAUCAUUUCAUGUAGCAGUUAAAAGCAGAUUGUCAGACGUCUACACGUUCACCUAUACAGUACACAUAAGAUUAGACUAGAUCUGUAGGUCAAAAGAGAAGAAAAGAAGUCCUGUUUAGAUUUUCAUUUGCUUUUCCAACUUUUCCUGCAGCAAAGCAGUGCACACACGCACACACACAUACACACACACACACACACACACUCCCACGUAAUUCAAUCAGUGGAGGGCCUGAUCAAGUCACGUAAUGGGUAAAGCGAAAAUGAAAGCAGAAUUCUGGCUUGUUUUGGGUGUUGUUAGCUGUGGGGAGAGGCAGCUGUUCACAUCUUACAUUUGUCUCUCGAGCACAAGCACGCACCUGAUCACAGACGAGGACACUCAAGAGAAAAAGCACUGUGAGGACAGAGUACUGUAGCGUUAAGGGAUUUAAUCAUGCCAGAGAGAGAGAGUGAGAGAGGGAGAGACAGACAGGCUGCUAAAUGCAACACAUAAAAACAAAAUGCUGGGCUGUUUUAUUAGCCCACCGUGCCGUAUGGUUUCAUCAAAAUGGGAACAAAGGAGAGCUGAUGAAGACAGAGCUGGAACCAAAGCAGUAGGUGAGACGCAGCUCGUCGACGGGUUCUUCAUGUUAGACGGAGCUGCAGUCUGUUAAUAGCACUCCUCCUCCUCCUCCUCCUCCUCCUCCUCCUCGAAAUAACAUGCUUUGUAUUACAUGAAAGCAUGGGUACCUUUUAUUAUGUUGACAGGCUCCUGGAUUCAAAAUGAGAGUCACACUCGAGUGCAGCUAAUGAACACCUUCAGCAAAUGCAUUAAAAAAAUAGUCUGCAAAGGAAUGGAGGAAAAUGAGGAGAUAUUAUGAGAGUAUCAGGCUCCCCGACGGUCCAGACGCUGUCCAAACAUCAUCUUCAAGAUAAGAUGAUAGUCUAGAAAUCUUUAUCGUGUCUGUUUAGGCAUAUCUUUGGACUACAAAAUGUUUUGGCUUGGGCCCCCCCUAAAAUGUUGCAGUAUCUACUCUAGACCCCUCCUGACAACCAAAGACUUCAUUUCUUGUUAUCCCCAGAGGUCCAAACAGUCCAAAGAUUCACAGCAUGCUUGUUGGAUUUUGUAGUGGCUGAGUUGAUUGAUUGGCAGCUUGUUAAGGAGCUUUCUCAACUUAAGUACAACCACACAUUUUUUAUUGCCAAUCUUGUGGAACUCCUGUGUCAAAACCUAAUUUUAUGACUGUUUAAGGCCUUUAUUUUUUAGUUUCUAUUGUGCUCAGAUGUUGCACAUUCCUACAUCAAGUUUUGUACCAAACAACAGCAGAAUGAAGCCACCACAGUAUUUGGUUUUUGAUAGCAUAGUGGUGGUUAAUCUCAUCUGCUUCAAAGUUAGCUGCUAGCCUUAAAUCUCCCAGCUGCUGGUAGCAUACAUAAAACAUUGUCAAAGUGUUGUCCCAUCGUCCGCUCCCGAUGUUCUAUCAAUUUAUGCUACCUUGUUUAAAAAUGCUAUAAACUCCAUAUAUCUUUGCACACCUCAACCGACCAAUCAUUUAGCCGCUGUCAAACUCUAAAUCUGUUCUCCUCUCUGCGCCUCGUUGUGACCCUCCUCGACCCUAUUCAUUCCCCUCUAGCUCUUCAUAUCCGGAUCUUCAGCCAUUCUCUCCAAGCCUCCAAGCGGUAGCAUUUUUUCGACACGGCAGCAUAAAUCUGACGGAACGCCAGCUUGGUGGGGGAAAAGCAACGAGCCCCAUAUCGUCCUUGUACCUUGUAUACUGAACGACAAGGCAGAAUAACGCAGCAACGCUCCCGCCUGGGACAGGUUGCGUGAAAGGAGGUAGUAAAAAAGCAAACAGCAGCCCAAGGGAAGAAUUUGUGGAUGCAAUGCAACAAAGGCCUGAGGCUCUAUUUUAACCAUGUUGUGGUGAUGUGGCAGGUAUCCAUUUGGUUGCCAUGUUGCGUCCCAGGUGACCUCGUCUCUAGGCAAUUAUCAAAGGUACCGCGUAGAAUCUGCUGAUCGCACUGUAAUUAAUUGGAAAUUGGAGGCAACUGAAUACACA